ACACCCAGUGCUCGCUCGGGGAGUGUUUCGUUUUUUUACUGAGUCACGGAAAAGUCGCAACCACGGUACCGCGGACGAGAAAAUUGCAAUUUUCCACCGUAUCAUGUGCAUCCAGCAGCAGAAUAGUGUAUGAAAAUCGGCCGUACCGUAGUGCAGUGUAAGGUCGGUUAGAUAAAUAUAUAUGUAUAUUAGUUAAUGAAGAGAAGAAAAAAGAACAGUUUCGCUGCGAGGAGAGAAGAAAAAACGAAGUGACGGCGUAAAGGUGACCAACUAGGCAGCCAGCUUUUGCACGGAGUGUGUCUGUGACCGAGAGAGAGAGAGAGAGAGCGAGAGAGCAGCCGUGGUUUUUUGGGUGGUAUAGCAGCACACACGGCUAAAACUGCAGAUAAUCGAUAAAUUGCUUCGUGCUUAGUGCUGGCUGCUAUUGCGGGAAGACGAGCGUGAAAACGAGCGAGAGUUUUCAUCACGCUCACGCUCUCUCAUCGUCCGCCUAGAGAAAAAGGGGAACGGCAGGAGAGGACGACGACGACGUUCGCUCAUAUCAUCCACGGGCGCGCCUACGACCAGCCAGCAAGCGGGGAGGGUGUGCGGUGCUUCCUCACAUUGCAACCCAGCAGUCCGUGCUGCUGGCCCGUCGUCCGUGUAUCGUCACCGUCGAGUCGUCGCUGUGACAUGCGUGAGCUCGCCGUGUCGUGAAACGUGUACGUGUGAGUGAGAGCAAGCGAGCAAGAGAGAGAGAGAGAGCGUGAAAAAGAAGGAAAGCUCGUAGUAAAAGAACGUGUGGGGAAGAGAGAGAGAGAGAGAGAGAGAGAGAGAGAGAGAGAGAGUGCGAACCACAGCAGGAAAUAACGCGCGUGUGUGCGUGUGUCUGUGCGGAAAACGGGAAAAUUUUUGCAUGAGUUCGUGACCAGCAGUCGGAAAAGCCUGGAGUUGUACUGUACGCGGACUAGCCCUUCGGUCUCCGGGACACUGUUUGCGAGUGUGUGUGUGCGCGCGCGUGUGUGUGAGAGAGAGGAGGAGGAAGAAGCGGAAAGGUGGAAAGGCGCUUUCCUGUUGCUCUCGCGUGCGGUUUGACGUGUCGAGGCAACCAGAGUCGGAUCCGUGGUAGCACCCAAUUUCCCCCAAGGCAGUCGGGAAAGCGCUUGGGUGAGGCACCAGCCAAGGAUCAUCGACUGGCUUGAACGCUUCCCAUAGCCAGACGGUCAGACCCAGCAGCAAACGCUCCGGCGAAAGAGAGAGAGAGAGAGGGGUACAGAGAGAAGUAAACCGAACCGCGAACACCGCUGAACGAUGAACGAGCUGGAGGCGCUGCGGCAGGAGGCGGAAACGCUGAAGAAUGCGAUCCGGGACGCGCGGAAGGCGGCCUGCGACACGUCGCUCGUCCAGGCGACGAACAAUCUCGAACCGAUCGGCCGGAUACAGAUGCGCACCCGGCGCACGCUCCGGGGCCAUCUGGCGAAGAUCUACGCGAUGCACUGGGGGAGCGACUCGCGCAACCUGGUGUCGGCCUCGCAGGACGGCAAGCUGAUCGUGUGGGACUCGCACACGACCAACAAGGUGCACGCGAUCCCGCUGCGCUCCUCCUGGGUGAUGACGUGCGCGUACGCCCCGUCCGGCAACUUUGUCGCGUGCGGCGGCCUGGACAACAUCUGCUCGAUCUACAAUCUGAAGACGCGCGAGGGCAACGUGCGCGUGUCGCGGGAGCUGCCCGGCCACACGGGCUACCUGUCCUGCUGCCGGUUCCUGGACGACAACCAGAUCGUGACGAGCUCGGGCGACAUGUCGUGCGGGCUGUGGGACAUCGAGACGGGCCAACAGUGCACCUCGUUCCUGGGGCACACCGGCGACGUGAUGGCGCUGUCGUUGUCGCCCCAGUGCCGGGUGUUUGUCUCCGGGGCGUGCGAUGCCUCGGCGAAGCUGUGGGACAUCCGCGAGGGCCAGUGCAAGCAGACGUUCCCGGGGCACGAGAGCGACAUCAAUGCGGUCACCUUCUUCCCGAAUGGGCACGCGUUUGCGACCGGCUCGGACGAUGCCACCUGCAGGCUGUUCGACAUUCGGGCCGACCAGGAGCUGGCCAUGUACUCGCACGACAACAUCAUCUGCGGCAUCACGUCCGUGGCGUUCUCGAAGUCGGGCCGGCUGCUGCUGGCGGGCUACGAUGACUUCAACUGCAACGUGUGGGACACGAUGAAGGCGGAACGGGCGGGCAUACUGGCCGGACACGACAACCGCGUGUCCUGCUUAGGUGUCACGGAGAACGGUAUGGCAGUGGCGACAGGAUCCUGGGACUCGUUCCUGCGCGUGUGGCUAGACCGCACGCGAAAAGCCCAAAGCCCAAACCCCCAACACACAAGCACAAGCGAGAUGAACGAGCUGGAGGCGCUGCGGCAGGAGGCGGAAACGCUGAAGAAUGCGAUCCGGGACGCGCGGAAGGCGGCCUGCGACACGUCGCUCGUCCAGGCGACGAACAAUCUCGAACCGAUCGGCCGGAUACAGAUGCGCACCCGGCGCACGCUCCGGGGCCAUCUGGCGAAGAUCUACGCGAUGCACUGGGGGAGCGACUCGCGCAACCUGGUGUCGGCCUCGCAGGACGGCAAGCUGAUCGUGUGGGACUCGCACACGACCAACAAGGUGCACGCGAUCCCGUUGCGCUCCUCCUGGGUGAUGACGUGCGCGUACGCCCCGUCCGGCAACUUUGUCGCGUGCGGCGGGCUGGACAACAUCUGCUCGAUCUACAAUCUAAAGACGCGCGAGGGCAACGUGCGCGUGUCGCGGGAGCUGCCCGGCCACACGGGCUACCUGUCCUGCUGCCGGUUCCUGGACGACAACCAGAUCGUGACGAGCUCGGGCGACAUGUCGUGCGGGCUGUGGGACAUCGAGACGGGCCAACAGUGCACCUCGUUCCUGGGGCACACCGGCGACGUGAUGGCGCUGUCGUUGUCGCCCCAGUGCCGGGUGUUUGUCUCCGGGGCGUGCGAUGCCUCGGCGAAGCUGUGGGACAUCCGCGAGGGCCAGUGCAAGCAGACGUUCCCGGGGCACGAGAGCGACAUCAACGCGGUCACCUUCUUCCCGAAUGGGCACGCGUUUGCGACCGGCUCGGACGAUGCCACCUGCAGGCUGUUCGACAUUCGGGCCGACCAGGAGCUGGCCAUGUACUCGCACGACAACAUCAUCUGCGGCAUCACGUCCGUGGCGUUCUCGAAGUCGGGCCGGCUGCUGCUGGCGGGCUACGAUGACUUCAACUGCAACGUGUGGGACACGCUGAAGGCGGAGCGGGCGGGCAUACUGGCCGGGCACGACAAUCGAGUGUCCUGCUUAGGUGUCACGGAGAACGGUAUGGCGGUGGCGACAGGAUCCUGGGACUCGUUCCUGCGAGUAUGGAACUAAGUGUUGCGUAGUACACAGGUAGUAGCUGAGCGAGGCGUGGCGUGCACGAGUGCAGAUCGUGGUCGGAGCAGCGCAGCAAGCGUUACAAGGGAAGGGGAGCUGCCAUUUAGAUUAUUAAGCAUAAACACAGACACGCGUACACAAACACACGCAUAUACAUGUAUACAUACAUACAUUAUAAAUAUAAAUGGUACGAGAUUUUUCAGUUCCAACAACACACACACACACAAACUCUUAGUAGCGGGAAAAAACUUAGUGGCCGCUGAAAUUAACCUUGAAAGCUCUUUUUUAUAAACGCAACAGAAGAAGAAGAAAAAAAACACACACACAAACACACAACGGUGAAUGAAGAAGAACCGCACAAACACACGAUUUUCCAACUCAACACACACACAAGCACAAGCAUUCGACAAAAGCAAAGGCGAUCUUGACGAUACAAAACAAGUGGUCCCAGGUCCGCUCUAUGUACUAAGUAAUGGACUACACGCGUAUAAACACACAAACAGAGUUCAUAAUCAUUAUCAAAGCGAAGGACAUUAUCCAAUGUUUGCGUUUAAAUGCCAUUUACAAAAUCCUCAACAUACAAGCUGGUAAUAAGAAAGCGGAAAAAAAUCAAAGCAAAUGUGUGUGUGUGUGUGUGUGUGUGUGUGUGUGUUUGAUAAUGAGUAAAAGAUGGCUGGUAGGACGGAAAUGAACCAAAGUCACGAUGAAUGUAGCAGUGCAGAGAAAUAAAUGUUCAUUCUACUAGCACCAGGCUUUCUCCCAGACGCUUCGGGGCUGUAUUGAUCGCAACAAAAAACUGCUUUUUCGGUUGCAUUAUUGCAUUUUUUGGUUUAAUGUUUAUUACUCUCCCACCCCGUUAGAAUGCAAUGAACGGUUGCAGCAUGGGCGUAAGACGAUUUUUUUUUGCAGUUCGAUUGGUAUUAGGCGCUGUAAACGUCGCCCGACGCGGUCUCAUGAACGCCGAAAACCAAAAAAAAACGUACUAAAUACUAAACUAAUGCAUAACUAUACACACACACACUCUCCUUCACUACACAUACACUAACACGGACAUAGAGAUAAGGUGUAGGGUAAGGGCAAGACCACACACACACACAUACAAUCACACUCACGAUAGGGAAACGAUGCAGAGAGCUAUAGUACUAAUCUCCUAGCCAAGCAGCAACAGGCAGCAUUAGACGAAUCUUGGUUAGAUAAAUGGCAGAUAAACUACUACUAUUACUACUACUACUACUACUAUUAUUAUUAUGACUACUACUACACAGCAAACUACUAAACUAAACUCGCGCAAGCGUAUCCGUUUUGAUAGUGACCGGGUGUGACCGGUAAUGUGGAAGCAACAAACCAAGAAGUAGAAGCAACAAACAAACAAAAAGAUAAAAGAAACACACACACACAUACACAUGCAUACAUAUAUACUAAUAUUUGUCCCUGUAAUAUAUGAUCAUAAGCUAGUGAACCGGUAGUGACGAACACCGUGACGUUCAGGUUGGAGGCGUGGUAACGUUUAAGUAAUUGCAAAUAAAAAAUUGAAACGCAGCAGCAACAAUGUGUGUGUGUGUGUGUGGCGGGCGCACAAAACUCGGUAUGCAAAUUUUGAACGCGUUUGAAAAUAAAACAAAACAAAAAAAUAACGAACUCCUCCUUCUCACUCUAUCCAGCAUAAAGUUCGAGGAGUUUGAGUGGUAACAUGAACAACACAAGUGAAGCAAAAUGAUGCUCUUGAUAGUAAAAGAAAGUAGUUUUGCUUCCUCCGUUCCCUCCACCUCCCUCUCUUUUGACUAAGUUGUUGCUAUUUCGGGACAGACUACUAACACUACUACCACUACUCGGGGAGCAUCAUAAUAGUAAGGCGUUUUUGUGUUGUUCUUUGAUUUCUAACAUCACCAUUCCCAUUCAGCUUUUCAGCAAGCUCAUCCCCCCCCCCCUCAUGUACACACACGCGCACAAGAGCACACUUUAUCUUUAAGCAAAGGUAACACUAAGAAGGGAGGAAAAAAUAAAAUCGAUUGAAACUUCAACUUUGAGCAAGAAAGCGAAUGAAACAAACAGGUAGUAAAAGUAAACGGAAAUCAACCAAGGAAAGAACAAAAGAUAGUAGUGGAAGCUUUUCAUUUGCCUGCUUUCCUGUUUGUGUACGGUGUUUGUGGAGUUAAAGCGUAGUUAAAACAGUACCGAAAUUCAUUGUUUUCCCUUCUCAUCAAGCAUCGUCUAACAUAAUUACAGAAUGAUUAGAAAAAAAGAAAGGAAAAACAAACUCAAUAAUACUAAAGGGAUAUGUUUUUGAUCAGUUUGGAAGUUAGGUUUACGCAAUAGCAUCGCCUUUGCACUAAUCUACUAACUAACGGAGAGGGCAACAACCAAUGAAAUAGAUGAACCAAAGCAACCGCAAAAAAAAACCGAGCAUAAAACAAUACAACAGACACUAACUCACAGCGCGACUGCUGCAUGGUGUACAUAAGAAGCACAAUCUUGGGCAUUAUAGAUCAUCGCUGGAACGUUCAUGUUCUGUUCUGUGCCACGCCACCAGUAUUAAAAGGCCAGCCAGUUGUUGCUAAACGCACGCUUUUCGGAGGGACAAAACGAGAGCGUUCGUUUGAAAAAAUAAAAAUAAAAAAGCAUUCUUACCGAUCGGUGUGAGAACUUUUUGUAAUACAUUCAAAUAAAAAACAAAACAAAACAAAACAAACACACUCAAACUCUACCGCUACCGAGUCUUUGCAAUGCAUUCUGCAACGGAGGGGAUAAAUGGUUUUGCUUUCAUACCAAGUACGGGCACGUGUGUACACGUGAGCUUCUACUCUCGUCUAGUCUCUAUGUUCCGCACAUUGCAAUGGUGCGCGGAUGGAAAGCGGAUGAAAUACGUGGUGCAUGUUUUAUAAGAAAACGAAAGUUAAUUCUCUUAUUCGGCUCGCAAUGGCCUCAAUACAGCACCUCUUGAAGGGGAGAGAGAGAGAAGAAAAGGGAAAAGAGGGAAAGCGACGAACCUAAAGCUGAAGAGGCUGGACCUCAUACGGAGUGAAAAAAUGCAACAUGUUAUGGGAGAAUGCUUCGGCCUCUUUCGGAGUCGGAGCAGUCGGAUUUGCCGGGCAUGCAGCACACCAGCACCACACUACACGGGCUGGCUAAGUGGGUGUUUUGUGACAUUUUUUGAAAACCAAUUACUUCCACGCUUUCUCAUCACUCUCGCGAGCCGAAAGAACGUCGAACGAGAGGCAAGUGUUUGCAGCAACUACCUUUUUUUCUCUCUUUGCUAAUUUCUGACCAAAACUGACGGAUGGUAAUCAUGCAAAUCGUAACAAAGGGUGGCUAUUACAUAAAGCAGAAGAAAAAACGAAAAAAAGAACAAAAACAAAUAAAAUGGGAAAACAUUAGCCCGUAGAAACUUAUCAUUCGUGUGUAUGUGUGUGUGUUACCAUGUGCAAAAAGUGCUUCAUUGAAACAAGCGGAGAGAUAGGGAGAGGGAGAGAGAUAGAGAGAGAGAGAGAAAGAGAGAAAGAAAGAGAGAGGAAAAUUUAUUAGGAACGAUAGAUCUAGGAACAAAAACAAUGCAAGUGGAGCGUAAUAAUGUAUGGUAUUCAAUCAAAUAAAACUCACUUUGAAAACUACUAAAAAAAACAAAAGAAGAUGAAAAGAAAACACAAAGAAAACCGGACAGUGCGCACAGUGAAACAGUAAAGUAAAAUACAAAAGCAGCAGUAAAAACAAAGAAAGAACAUUGUGCGAAGAAUAGUGUAGCGUAACUAGCAUUUAGACGUAAACUAUAUAGCAUCAAAUGAGAGUAGAAGAAGGAAGCGGAGCAGAAAGGAAGCAAACAUGCAUGGGACAAACAUUCAGCACAGCAUACCAAAAUAUCCAAGGGAGAGUAAGAAGCAGAAGCAAAGAAAAAACAAACACACACACACAAAAACAAAAACAUAUAAAAUUUGAAACACGCAACAAAACACGUGAGCUCUAGAUGUCGAAAAGCGCGGAGAAAUUUAAGUAAAUAACGAGACAAAAGCAGACGGAAGAGGGAGAGAAGAAGAAGAAAAAAAUCAACCACGCAUUAUGCGGAUGCGGCUGUGAACUGGCCGCCAAAAACAGUUACUUAAAUAAAGCAAAAACAAACACAUACACACAUAACAAAACCAUAAUAACAAACAGCAACCACAAGAAAUAAAUAAAACAGUACUAAUUGCUAAAACGAAUGGCGAAAUCAAACAAAAACUUCAAACAUUGAUUGAACAGGAUAGUACCCAGCGUGGCAGGUAAUGCGUGUUGGAAGGAUAAAGGUAUGGAAAAAGAGAAAAGUAAAGUGAAGGUUUGAAGGGACAGACAAGAAAAGAACAGCAUACGGCAACAAUAACAUAUAA